AUUUUAUAAUUUUGAUAUGCUGUACGACAAUCUUUAUAAAAAGUGUAUUAAUGAUUGUGAAAACAUAACUUGUUGCAUUUACGAUAAGUAAAUUAACUAAUAAAUUUCAUUACUUACUCAUAUACUGUAUAUGAAUAUUAAAUGAUUUAAAUAGCAUUAAAUUUUUUUUGAGUUCAGUAAUUUUAGUUGUAUUUAUUUCUUAAAGAAGGAAAUUUUUGUUGGUAUAUCUGUUGACAUUGUUGACAGAAUAUAAAUGAGUUCCAAAUGUCAAGUACGUCAUACUUUAGUCAUUUCUUUGAAGACCGUGUAUGAAUUAUGGGUGGAAAAUGAUCGUGAUUGUUUACGAAGAAAAAAAUUUUUUAAAAAGCAAUGAAAUGACUUUAUGCAGGCAAUUAUCGCUAUGGGUGGCUGCAUAGGAAUAACUCGUAGUAGAAGUGGUGCUAUCGACGAUUCAUCGGGGUCAAUAAGCCGACCUAACUCAGGUAGUCAACGAAAAAAUCAUCCGUUGUGCCAUGAAACGAUCCGUUGGAAAUCUGAUGUACCCCUAACAGAAGGUCAACUUCGUAGUAAACGGGAUGAAUUCUGGGAUACAGCUCCUGCAUUUGAGGGCCGAAGAGAAAUAUGGGAUGCUCUGAGAGCAGCAGCAGUGGCAGCUGAAGCUAUGGAUUAUGAAUUAGCUCAAGCUAUUGUAGACGGAGCUAGUGUAUCUGUACCCAAUGGGUACCUAACUGAAUGUUAUGAUGAGUUAGGUGCACGAUAUCAAGUCCCUAUAUACUGCCUAUCUUAUCCGAUUAAUAUAGUAAAAGAAGAUAAUGGUAGGGAUUCACCUGCCGAGUGUUCUGAACCUGUCGAUGGGGGUACUGAGACUGUUUUGAAAUUGAGACUGUCACAUUCUUGUCUAGAUGUCAAGUUAUCUGUGUAUUCUACUGAUACCAUUAGUAUGUGCAAGAAAAAGCUUCAAAGUCAGGAAGGUAUUGAAUCAUCUAGACAAAGGUGGUUUUAUGGUGGAAAAUUAUUAGGAGAUAAACUUCAUGUUGAAGAAGCCAAGAUACCACCCGGGUAUGUUGUACAAGUCAUAGUUAAUAUGGAGACUUCAUAAUAGAAGAUUAGUAUAACUUUGGUAAUCUGUUUCAACAUAACUACGCAGACGCCAUUGAGAUUUUUAAUUAGGCCAGAAACUCUAGCUAGGAAGUUUAAAUAAUAACGUCAUAUCAAUAAUUUUUUACUUCGAAAAAGGUGAUUUUUAUAUAAAAAUGACAUUUCAAUUUAGGUUGAUUUUCUCACAAUUCCGGCCGUUAAAACGUUUUUUUUUUCUGUUCAAAUAUAUUAAAUUUAGUCGACGUUGCCAAAUUUCGAGAUUAGAAACAGAUUUACCUAAAUUGGAAUAACGUCAAUUCCACAUUGUUUUUGUACAAAUAACCAACGACUUUUAUAUGUUUUUUUUUUUAAAUCAGGGUAGCGCUUAGUGAGUAUUUCGAUUAUUUAUUUCGCUUUUUCUUUUGUAAUUAAAUGAUUGAAAGUUUACAAAAUUCCACCACUACUUACUUAGAAUAAAUAUUAAAUAUUUUUUUAAUAUCAAAAUUAUUUUAUAUAUUCACGUCCUGAACAAAUAUCAAAAACGGUUACCUCCAGCUGAAUCAAACAAUUAUGUCCGAUUUUGAAGUUGUAGUUAGUAACUUUCUCCCUAUUUUCUGUGUUAUCAAAAUUAUUUAAGGGUCGUUUUAAAGGGAUUCUUUUAAUUUUUCUUCAUUUAUAACCCAUUUUCUUGUUUGAACUCGUUCGAUCUAUCUAUACCGGUUGUUUUAGAAAUCAGGUGUUUGCUCUGAUAAAAUUGUGAUCGGUCUUUCGAUUGGAAAAAAAUUCCUCGAGGGUAUCACCUUUACAGUGAUUAAAUUUAUUUUUAAUUAUUUUCUUUCAAGUUUAUGUAAAGAUAGAAAAUUAAAAUUUUGACAAUUCCGAUAAAUCGCAAAAGCAUAACCACCAGAAUUUUUUCUAAUUUCUUGUUAUAUUAUAAGAGAACGAAAUUAGCAACCCUUGUCUAUUAUUUAAUAUCAAAUCUCUUUUCAGAAAUUCAGUUUUAUGAAAAAAAAAAUGUAUUCAACAUGCCUGUUUAUUUACAAGCUAAAUUUCUAUUCUUAUUCCAUGCAUCCAUGAUAAUCGUGGUCUUUCCAUCUGUUUUCCUGUGGGAUCCUUUUCGUUAUCUUUUUUUUGCAAUCUUUCCCUCUCCUACCAAAUCAUCUGCUUGUUCCCAAUAUGUUCCUAUAAUUGUUUCUUCCUGAUUCUUCAUUUAUUCUUAUUUUAUCGUUUCUGACUCGAUAUAACCUUGACGCUCUAUUUGUUCCUCUUAAACCUUCCAUUUUUGUAGCUUCUAUUUUUUUUCAAUCAGUUGGUUCAUUAUAUUCCACGUUUCCUAUCCGUAUAUCAACCUACUUCUACUCAUUGCAUUGUAGAUUGUCAGUUUUCUUGGUUUUCCUAUUCUAGUAUUCCAUUUAAUAGUUUAGUUUUUGUUCUUGCUCUUUUUAUUCCUUUAUAUGUCAAAAUUAAUUUCUGGAUACUGUUAUUUUCUUAUUUAAUUAGUUUUUAUAACAGAGGGUUGAAUUUAUACAUACUUCCCCAAUAUAUUGCACUAAAUACACUAAACUAUGCACUAACUUGUUUCUGAAUAUAAAAUUUAUAUAAAUCACUUGAAUUCACCUUUUGGUUUACUUUUUAUUUAUUGAAUUUGGCGGCUAAACUAUCGCUCAUUUAUAUCCAACGGAUUUCUAGAUAAUUCGGGUUCUAGAAAGCCGUAAACAAACAAAAACUCUUCUAAGUAAUGUUGUUUUAUAACCGGUGCAUUCACCAAUAUUUAGCAUUGUUUAACCGAACACGGUCUAUGUAGUGGACGAGUCCAUUACAAUAUUUAUGGUUCUCACAUAUCGCUAUAAUUUCGUUGUUUUCUAGUUCUCCUAUACACAAAUAUUAUGUAUUUUCUAUAUUCAUCUGCAGUCCUCAAUUUCCUUAUUCUUCCUUUAGUUUGCGUACCAUGUGUGCUAAGGGAUCUCUGUCGUUUGCACUUAUCACCUGAUCUAAACUAUCCACUAACACUUAAUUAUUCACUAAAUUAUGCACUAAUUUACUACUAAACACUUAUAUAAUUUAUUCAAUUAUGAUUUAUUAAAGGCUGAAUAUUUCCAAAAGUUCCCAAACUUUUUCUCUCGUAGACCUCAAAUAUUGUUAAAAAAUGAGAUGAUCACAUCAAACUUUACUUUAAUUUGAAGAAAAAAAAACACCUAGGGGUGAUAUCUUCGAGAUGGGUUGAGGAUAUUUUCUUAUAAGAAUCAUUUUAUGCAGAAAAUCAACUGGAUUUUAUCACAAUAGCAAAGUUCCCAAACUUUUUCUCUCGUAGACCUCAAAUAUGUUGUUCAGUUCUACGGAUCUAUAUUUACGUCGACCUCUAUGGAGUCUCCCGUGGACCCCUGGGGAUUCACUAGGAUCAGAUUGGAAUCACUGCUAUAUGUCAUUUCGUAGACUCAUUUUGUAAAAAAAUUUAGCCAUACAUCAAUCUUGAAAAUCGAGACAGUUAUUUUUUGUAAUAAUCGCCUUGGGUCUUUGUACCCUCACAUAUUCAGGAUUUUGAACAAGGUUGUGAUAGAAGAUAUUUCAUGUUUGUUCAAAAAUGAAACAUAUUUUUUUAUAGCCUGUAUAGUGCAGUUAUUUUAGUCAGUAUUCCUCCGAGAAAAUACAUUAAAAAAAAUAAUUUUAGAUCCAUAAGACGUAUGCGAUAGAAUAGAUGAUGAUCUCAUUUAUUUAUUAUGAACUUGAAUGGUAUUUCCGACGACCUAAACGAAAUAUUUGAUAUUCAAAAGUAAUGUAUAAAGUUUUUAAUUUCCCACUAGUGAAAAAUUGAUUCAAUGCACGCUACUUCAUGAAUAUUUCGUGUAGCUCGUAUAGUGCACAAUUGUGUGGUUAAUGGUUCAUCAUCUUGUCGCACCCAUAUGAAAUAUUCGAGGGCUGCUUCUUAAUUUUUCAAAAAAAAAAACCUACAAUUUUUGUUUUAAAAAUUUUUAUUUUAGUAUUGUACAUACUGUUAUUUAUUUUUUUCUACAUUGUUGCCUAGAUAACUAAUUCACUUUUCACUAAAUUUGUUGUAUUUUAUAUGGCGAUUAAUAUAAAACGGUAUUAUAGCCGAUGGGAGCAGUAGCAAUCCUUUGAACGUCUAGCUAAGAUCAAUAAACGCUCUUUAAUAUUUAAUAAAAACGAAGUCUCGCAUAUUUCAUUCGGUAACAAAUAUCAAUAGUCAACAAAGCGCAAAAAAAUACGAAAAACCCAUAUAAAUACAGUCCACUUAUCGAACAAAUCAUAAAAAAAUUCUCUUGGGUUAUAUUUUUGACUAUCCGAACUAGAAUUAUAAUAGAAACACGAUAAUUUGGCGUUUUAGAAAUAUUAAAAUCCAUUUAUCGAACUCCUUGUUCAGUACUUUGUGUUUUACUAAUAAUUGGAUUGGUUAAUUUUUGGCUUUGUUCUUUUAAAACGGAUUUAUGAAUUAAACGAAACGGAUUAUAAAAACAUCUCGCUAUUCAUAGAAAAAUAGAUUUUACCCGAUCUAACCUUAUCGAAUAUAAAGUAAACUUAACCUAAUCAAACUUGAAGUAACCUAAUCGAAGCUAAAGUAAAAUAAACCCAAUCGAGAAUAAGUAAACUUAAUUGAAGCUAAACUAGAACUAAUUUAAUCGAAUCUAAAGCAAACCUAACCUAAUCUAUGGCAAAUUAAACCUAAAUCAACCGUAAAUAAGUAAAUCUAACCUACUCAAAGCUAAAGUAAACCUUAUCGAAUCUGAAGUAAACCUAACCUAAUCGAAUCUAAGGUAAAGCUAGCCUAAUCGAUGGUAAAUUAAAUCGUAAAUAAGUAAUUCUAACCUGAUCAAACUUAAAGUAAAUCUAACCUAAUCGAAACGGAAGUAACCUUAACCUAAUCAAUGUUGAAGUCAAUCGAACCCAAUCGAAAAUAAGUAAAAUUAAUUGGCGCCAAAGUAGAACUAACUUCAUCGAAUACAGAGUGAACUUAACCUAAUCGAUGGCAAAUUAAAUCGUAAAUAAGUAAACUUAACCUAAUCAAACUUAAAGUAAAUCUAACGUAAUCGAAGCUAAAGCAAUCUUAACCUAAUCGAUGUUAAAGUAAAUGAACUUAAUCAAUGCUCAAGUAAACCGAACCCAAUCAAAAAUAAGUAAAAUUAAUUGGCGUUAAAGUAGACCUAACCUCAUUGAAUCUAGAGUAAAGCUAACCUAAUCGAUGGUAAAUUAAACCGUAAAUAAGUAACCCUAACUUAAUCAAACUCAAAGUAAACUAACCUAAUGGAAGCUAAAGUAACGUUAACCUAAUCGAUGCUUAAGUAAAUCAAACCCAAUCUAAAAUAAAUAAACUUACUUGAUGCUAAAGUAAAACUAACCUCAUCGAAUCUAGAGUAAAACUAAUCUCAUCGAAUCUAGAGUGAACUUAACCUAAUCGAUGGUAUAUUAAACCGUAAAUAAGUGAACCUAACUUAAUCAAACUCAAUGUAAACUAACCUAAUGGAAGCUAAAGUAACCUCAACCUAAUCGAUGCUUAAGUAAAUCAAACCCAAUCGAAAAUAAAUAAACUUAAUUGAUGCUAAAGUAAAACUAACCUCAUCGAAUCUAGAGUAAAUCUAACCUAAUCAAAGCUAAAGUAAACCUAACUAUUCGAAAGUAUAAAAAUAGGCCCCCGCGAAACGAAACCUUUUGGUUUAAUUAAAAAUGUCGAAUGGGUAGUCAACUUAUCACUGGUAAAACCCGAUGAACUAAUCUGAAGCCUCGAUAAAUGGAUUCUGCGAUCUUGAAAACGAUCAACUAACGUGUUUUUAUUAUGAUCCGAAGUACAGGUUAGUUUUUACUACAAGUUUUAAUAGUUUGUUUGCUUUGUUGUAUUGUUUGUUCGUUUUGCAAUAUCCCACGAUUGUAAAUCGAACAUUUGGUCAAUUCGUUGAUAACUAGUUACCAAGUUAUUCGCCACUGAAAUAAACCACAAGUAUAGUCCGAAAUGAUCUUCAAUUAAAUUAAUCGAACAAAAACAGAUGUGCUGAAAAAUAUUGAGACUACCUUGAAACAUAUGCAUUUAUCACGUUAUUUUCGACUGAAAUAUAUUGAUAUUUUUAUUUAAUAACAUUUACGAUACAAUAUAUUAUGUAUAUGUAUAUAUAUGAAUAAUUUAUAUUUACAAUUAUUAUUAGAUAUUAUUUUUACGCUUUUUGUAAUAUAUAAUUUAACAUGCAAUAAUAUUUAAAAAAAAUAAAUAAAUACUUCGCACAGUAUAACGAGUAUAGAACAAACUUAGACUAACUUUUUUCUGGAAAUGUCAAAAUUAAUUAGGCGAUCUAAAGUUGCGUUCGGAAAUGUUGUUCGCGGAACAGAGCGAGCAGAGAACGAUUGGUAUCACGUGAUCGUAGAUUGUACAGUUUGAUCGUGGUGAUUACCGAAUAGUAAACGAAAAAAAACUUAACCUUAAAUAAUUUUGAAGUCGGCUGGUUAGAGCAGUAACUAGUGAAGUAAUCUUUUGAAAGUAAACAAAUUGACUAUUUCCGCAUAUCUAACGCCUCUUUAAGAUAAACGAACUUGGUUUUCAAAUGUUUCCGGAUUCGUUCGAAACUCAUAGUUAAAUUGAUUUACACUGAAUCUUGGAACAACCUCUCCUACAUAGCAGUGGUGGAUUAACCAGCUGGCUAAGUAGGCUGUAGCCUAUGGCGGCAAAUUUUGUACAAAAAAUGUUUCUUUAGACUUACAAAAUGAAAAUUUUUCGAAGAAAACGAGCUCUGAAAUUUUCACUGAAAAAGUAAUUUGAUAAAAAUUGAAAUAUACGUUUUUAAUUGUGAAUUAUAGUAUCGAGUUUCAGAGGUCAUUAGAGGCGGCAGAAGAUGAAUAGCCUACAAGCGGCAAAUCUGUAAAUCCGCCUCAUAAUCUAUACUCUUCGGAUGUACUCCCAGUUCGUCGUCUUCAUUUUCAAAAAAAUCUGCAAACGCACAAAUUAACGCUACUCCUUUUACCAUUUUUCGAAUUGGACUUUCGAAAAUACAACUCCACAAUACACUAGUACAAACUCUCUACAAAAUUACUAAUUGAUAAGCGUUCUAACAUCAAAACGAACACACUGUUUACACUACCACUACAUCAACACUUACAAAGUAACUUGGCUAACAAGUGUAAUUGUGAGUGUUGGUGUAAACAGUGUAUUAUUACCAACGUUUUCAAAAAUUCCAACUUAAUUGAAACGUCAAAACAUAUCUAAGAACUCGCUUUCAAGAUUCGGAGCGAAGAGAUCUUACUCAGAGUGUUCAAACAUUUAUAUAAUCGAACGCGAACCGAACAGUAAAUCAGUACACAGAAUAAACGCGAGUAUGACGUUCAUAAAUGUCUAAAGAUAGUUCAACUUGUUAAGAAACUGCAUAACGCACACAAUGAUCGCUCUUGACGUCGAACUUUCUACUUUUUACGCCCUGAUCAUCGCCGAACGUCAAAAACAUAACCUCACUUUUCUAGUGUAGUUGCAGAUACUUUGAACAAUAAAUUCUGUGAGUGAAAGACUGAUCGAAUUUGUACGUGCUCAUUUAUAUAACAAACAGUCGGCUCCGCAACUUCCCUUGGACGGUCCAUAAUCUAAAGUUUUACCGAAAAGCGCUUUAGUCAGAAUCCUACUAAUUUUCCACAAGUUUCCAAUAUACUUGCUUUUUAUACUAUAUUUACCCACUGCAUAGUUGAAAGUAAAACCAACGAACCUACGCUUCCGGGAGGAAAUUUCGUAUUUCUACGAGUAGUAACUAUUUAAGAAGCUAUAUAUCGAAAUAUAACUGGAAAUAAUAAGGUUUAAAGUCCAACCGAUAACUUCGGCAGAAGCAUUUGUUGACCCCACGGCGGCCAUUUUGUUUAUCAUAUUUAUCAGGAUAUUGACAAUGAAUUAAAUAACGAAGUUCUAUGCUCGUUAGUCAAAAUUUUAUUUUCAGGCAGACAAUUUUAUAUCCAGUGUAUUUUUAUUAUUAAGAAACACCGAAAUAUUUACGUUACAAAACUCUAAAUAAAUAUUUUUCUAUGUUCACCAUAUUGAAGCACAAGCUCUAGCUCUAGCUCUUCUUUUACAUAUUUGUACCGAGUAAACAUCUUUUGGUUACUAAGUCGGCAUAAAUCAAAACUAUUUUAUGAAAACAUCGAGUACUUUUUACAUGCAGGAGUUAUUGUCCGGCUUAACAAUUGGGGAAAAAUAUUGUGGUGGUCUUUAUACAUAGUGCAGAAAAAAAUUGAGGAAAUAGAAAAUUGGAGAAUUAAAUGUAAAUUUUUUAAUUUCCCUUGACAUGGCAUCAGAAAAAUUGUUCAAUUGUUAUUGCUGCCCCCGUCCAAAACUAACCUUUUUCUAUUUUGUUUAUGUGCAUAACUUCCAAAAAUUGAAAGAAAAAUAUUGUGUGUGCAAUAAAAAUCAAAGAAGGAUAGAUUUACCACAGAAGAUGAAAAAGUUCGUUUUAGAAAAGUGCUUGAAUCGAUCAGCUGAUCUGAUUGACAUUUGGUUGGUUACUAAACGAACAGUAACUAGAUUAUCCCCUAGAAUUGUAACUUGCAUAAAAUUUUUAAAUGCCAAUUGACACUGUACAAGAAAAAUUUCCACGUUGUUUGACAUUCAAGAAACUUUUUUUAAUAUCGUGAAUCAUUCAAAGGAGGUUAGAUUCACCACAGAAGACGAAAAAGUUCUUGAAUCGAUCAGCUGAUCUGAUUGACGUUUGGUUUUUAACAAAUUGCAACUUGCAUGCAAUAAAAAUGACACCAUACCGAUUAAGUUGCAAGUGUGAUGUUUUACAUCAGGCCAAUUAUGUGUAGAAUGAUUUUAAUUAAGCAUUUAAUGUUUGUACUUUCGAUCCGAACUGUACUAUAGUAAAGAGUUUUGAAUAGAACUUAUUUGAUUAAUAAUUAAACGAUAUCAGUUUCAUAUAUUUUUAAGCAUAACAAUAAACCAAAUAUCCUAUCACUAAAUUUAGGCCAAAUAAUAAUUUUAAAAAAUAGGAAGUUGCAGAGAUUACGAACCAAAGAUAGGCGACAAUAUGCUAGCGCAAAAAAAGUUUUCCUCAACUGAAAACUGCAAUAAAAUACCUAAUUUUCAAUACUUGUAAUAAUUUUUCUUUGUGCAUAGAUUUGAGUUUGUUCUUUAAUGUAAUUUGUGGUGCUUCACGCCACAUGACGUCUAGUUUUCGAAAACAAUUUACUUGAUGUUGUUCGGAGCAAGUUGUCCCUUCUAUAUGAGUUUUUUCUGGUAGAAGUACUUCCAAAAUAUUUUUAAAUUGAAAUUGCCACAAAAUCUACCUUCUUUGAGAUUUUAUAUAGGGGAAACCCCAGAUUAAAUACUACAGAUAAAUCACUGCUUUGAUUUUUUUCGAAACGCCGCCGCCGUUACAACGCACAUUCAAAUCGGUUAUGUUCAGCGUUGCCUCAUUGUACGGCCGUGGAAUUAGAUUCAACAGCUGUUUAUUUAAACGCUACCAGCAGUCUGGGGGGUGGUUUAAACUUUUUCCAAUAAUUAUUCACAUUUUUACGCCGAGAAAACAAAAAACCUUCUCAAAUAAUUCAACUUUUAAAAGAAAUAUUGUAAAAAUUAUAAAAUAGAGAAAUCUUCUGGAUUUAAACUAGAGUUUAAACCAUUAUUUAAAGUUAAGUUUAAUCUUCAGUUUUACCUUAGAUUGUAAAAUUGGUCCUUACUGACACAUCUUAUGUAUUUAAUCUGGGAUAAACUAUACCUGUAAAUACCUUCUUUAUUUAAAUCCAUAUCUGGUAUCAUCAAGAGGAGGUAUCCAAAAUAAAAGUCAUAAAACAUCACUCAAUAAGUCGUGUGACUAACUAAAAAAACCAAUUUUUGCCAAAAAUCGAUUUUAUUCAUCAAUGUAAUCUCCUUCAAGAGCAACACAUUCUCGAACUUCUCGAUACCGUGGCUUUGUAGAAGGAUUUGUCUUUUGCCUCAAAAUUGGCUUCAGUUUCAGCGAUUGCUUCUUCAUUUGAGCUGAAUUUCUUACCGGUGAACAAUUUUUUUGAUAUCAGCGAAUAGCCAGUGGUCACUGAUGGCCAGAUCUGGACUAUACUGUGGAUGAAGGAGAAAUUUGUUCAAUUUAAUAAUCGUACCCAUCGACUUGUGAAUUCCUUAAAUUGAUUGUGGAUCCCUUUUGGAGAUAGUAAAGGAACAAUAUUCCAUGCACAUCCCAAAAUACCGAAACCAUAACAUUUCCAGCUGACUGUUGUAGCUUUGGACGUAGUUCGUGAUUGGUGUCUUUACGACCACGUUUGAAUUGAGACAAACAAAUAGUUUUUUUUCGAUGUCCGGAUAAUACUUUUGAAGCCAUCACUGAGCUUGUGCAGUAUAUUUUUCAUCAAGAAAAUAACAAAAGUAGCUUCACUUAAAUGGCUGUCACUUUUCUGACUAAUCGAAAUGUCAUGAAAUUUCACACAAAGUCUUUUGAAAGUUGGUACUUCCUAAACAUCAUAUGGAUCUGUCAAGGGCAGCGCCAUCUGUGUGUUAAUCACAUGACUUAUUGAAAGAUGUAAUGGAAGAUAAAAAGGAGUGGAACAAGAUAGCUAGAGCAGCGAACAAAAAGCUAUGACAGGUUGGGAAGUAAACAAAGAAAACUCAUAUUCCUUUGUCUAUGUUGGUACUUCAUAAACGUCAUAUGGAUUUGUCAAUGGCAACGCCAUCUGUGUGUCAGUUACACUAUUUAUUGAGUGAUGUAAUACAUCUACACAAAUCGUUAAAAAGCUGCAAAAAUAAAAUUUAGUAGUUGUUUUCUUCAAGUAUCGAAUUUUGUGAGAUUUGUUAUUAUUUUUAGACAUAACGUACAAUACCAAUAAACAUUUAAAGCAAUAGUAUAUUAAUUACUAAUUUUCUAAGUAAAGCGAGAGUCAUGUGCACUCUUUAUAAAAGUUGAAAAUAAUUUUUGAGGGUUUUAUAAUGAUAUAUCUGUGUGUAAAUAAAUACAUUCGUAAAUAAUUAUAAUAAAAGUUUGUUAUUGAA